AUGUCAAAUAUAACCCUCUCGUUGACUCUGAAUUACCUGUCAGCAAUCUACGUUCACCCGUCCAAUUUCAACUAUGAAAUGUGUUUUUACCCGCUCAAAGCAAGCUCACCAACUGAUCCCCUUGCAGCACUCCAGACUAUUUUCGGUGUAUCUAGCAACGCAGGAAUGGCUGACCAAGACAAGUCCGCACUUGACGCCAGCAAGGGCUCCGUUGGCUCUCAGUUCAAGCCAGAAGGAUCCAUUGGACAAAUGGGACAAAAGGUGGGCGGUCCUCUCAGCAGUGAAGGGGCAGUGGGAAAAAAAUUCACGCCUGAGGGCUCAGUGGGUGGUACCGCACAAUCGGCGGCCGAACAAAUGCAGGGAGACAAGAAGCCCAUCUUUGACAAGGAUGGUGCAGUUGGCAAGCAAUUCAAACCGGAGGGAGCCAUCGGCAGCGUUGGUGAGGUGAGUUAUAUGGGACCUGUCACAAAGGUCCGAUCCAUCGAUUCGGCCUAA